GAGCUGUUAUCAGUCUCACACACACUCACACACACUCGAGACUGUUUACACAUCUGCUUUAAUAUUGAAACAUGUACUGUUUGUAUCAUUUAUGCCAUGAUUGUUGUCCAUUACUCUGCUUUAGAGGCUUUAGCUUGUACUAAUAUAAAUAUAUGAGUGUAUUGUUUUUACUUAAGUAUGUGUGUGUGUGUGUGUGUGUGUGUGUGUGUGUGUUCAUUUGUGUGGUGUGCGCAUGUGGAAGAGCUCCUGUCAAACUCACAGACACACGGAAUAUUCACUCACCUCCAUUUUUAAUGGAAUUAAGAAGCUUCUGAUUGCAUCUUCAUGGCAUUCAAGCAUCCAUGUCAGGGGGGCGUGGCUUUAAGAAACACCCUGAUGAUGUCAUACAGUCUGCUGUCAAUCAUCUUCUGACCACACCCACAUCUUCUAUUAUGAGCAGUGUCUUAUUGGCCAAUGAGAGCCAGAGUUUUGAUGAAGAGAGCGGGGUCAGUGUUUUAAUGACCCCUCCUCCCUUAUUACAUGACCACGCCCCCAUAAACGCCCCGCCCCCAGCUCCUCCCCUUCCUCCGCCCCUGCCUGUGGGAAUCCCUGCGGAGAGGAAGAGGAGGGUGAGAAAUUUCUAUUGGAAACCGAUUCCUGAAGAUCGUGUGAAACAGCAUGACGGACCGAACCUGUGGACCCUCGGGGGGACGCCGUUCCGCAUCGACAUCCGAGCCAUCGAGGAGCUGUUCGGACAACACGAGGACACGCCGUCAUCCACCGGCGGGAAGAGCAUCCGACGAGGACAAGCUUCUGGGAAAGAUCUCAGUCAGCAGAUCACCAUCCUGGACUCCAAGAGAAGCUUGAAUAUCUCCAUUUUCCUCAAACACUUCAAGAAGUCCAGUGAGAGUCUUCUGGAGGAUCUUCUUCAUGGACACACGGGCGUCUUCAGUGUGGAGUCUCUCCGAGAGCUGCUGAAGCUCCUGCCCGAGGAGGACGAGGUGAAGAAUCUCCAGAUGUUCAGUGGAAACCCCAAAGACCUGCCGCUGCCUGAUGCCUUCAUGUACCAGCUGAUCCGUUUACCCAGGUAUGAGGUCCGUCUCAAGGCUCUGCUGCUGAAGGAGGAGUUUUUCCCUUCAUACACAGUCAUGAAACACGACAUCGCCAUCGUCCUGACCGCCAUCAACGAGCUGUUGAACUGUGAGGAGCUUCACAAUGUCCUUCAUUUAGUGCUGGAAGCUGGAAACAUCAUGAAUGCUGAGGCGGAGAAGAAAGAUCUCCUCGCAUUUCCAGAGAAACUUCUGCAUGUUCAGCAAGCGGAUCGCGUGUGUGUUGACAGCAUCCAUGUAGAGUUUCAGUCUCUGAGCAGAAGGGUUGAUGAUUUAGAGGAGCACAUCCACACAGAUGAGGAGCUCCUGACGCAGCUGCAGUCUUUACUACAGAGCGCUGCUGAAGCUCUGGAGGAUUUGAGGAUCAGCAUCGAUGAGCUUCAGAGGGAAGGAGACGCUCUGAUCGACUUCUUCUGCGAAGACAAAGACAUCUUCAACCUGGACGAGUGCUUACGGAUAUUCCAGAAUUUCUGCUCCAAAUUUAAAAAAGCAGUUCAGGAGAACGUGGAGCGAGGGAUGUGGGAGGAGUCUCGGCGCAAACGCCUGAAGGAGUCGGAGGACAAGCGGCACUCGUGGGCGGGGCAUGAGGGUGUGGGCGGAGUCUUCGGGCUGCGGUCCAAUAGCGAAGCAGACGUGGAGGCGGCGUUAAAGAGGGAGGGGCUUUUGGAGCUGCUGAUGACGAGUCCUCAAAGUUUACCACUGCGUUUCGGUAGCGCUCGACGAUCACGCCGACAGAAGAACGCGACCUUUGACCUCUGUGGAGCAGAUUUCCUUCCUCCCAUACAGUCGCUCUCCAUCGCACACGGCAGCAUCACAACGGAGGAGCCAGAGAUACAAAACAAGAGCCGUUCCACCGAGGAAUCGCCGAACAACGACCAAACGCAACUCAGAAAUACAGAAGUGACUCCAGUCGUGACCUCUGACCCCUCACAAAUCAAUUCAGAGGUGGCGAAUGACGAUCAUAAAGCUAGAGAUAACGUCAAGCGUACAAACGUGACACUAAAAACCAGCGGCGGAGCGACACAAUCGAUCCAAACGAGCAGCAAACGACCCGUCGGCUCUAAAAACAGACCUUCGUCUUCCGCUAAACCAACAUCAUCUUCAUCAUGUAUGAGGAAGGUUGUUCCUCUCAGGACGCCGGCUCCCAAGCAAGCGGUUCGGCCGCCGCCGGAAAAGAUGUGUCGCGCUACACUCGACCGACCUCGAACCUCAGCGCGCGAUUCCACCUCAAUCAAACCACUCGGCUUCGCUCGCAACACUGUGGCGUCCGCGACACGCCACGCCGUCGCCCCGGUAACCCAGCGCACAGCCGACCCGAAGCCGCCGCCGCCCAGGCUGUCGCUGACCCCUGCUGGCCGUCUAAGGAAGAGCAGCUCCGCCCAUUCGGAGAACUCGCUGCUCGCUCGCGGGGCGCGGGAUAAACCCGUCAGACCCGUCUGGAGGUAGAGCGAGGGGGAGCAAUCGGGAUAAUGCUAGCUUGCUAUUAUCAUCCAAUGUUCAAUGUUCGGGAACAUUAUACUUUCAGCUCACAAACUAGCGCUCAAACGUUUUGUUUUUUUAUGUAUCUACCCAAGGAAGUAUUUGAUCAAAAAUACAGUGAAAAGAGUGAAAUAUUAUUCCAGUGUAUAGCAGCGGUUUACUACGGAAGAGGAUCGCGAGUUCAUUCUCAAAAGUUUAUUUCGACUUUUUUCUCUCGAAAUACAACGACUUUAUUCUCGAAAUUUAAUUAGUUUAUUCUCAACAUUUUAUUUAAACUUUUUUUCUCAACAAUUAACAAGAUUUUUCUCAAAACAACGACUUCAUUCACAAAAUUUAAUGAGCUUAUUCUCAACAUUUUUUUUUUUUACUUGAAAGAGCGAAUUCAUUCGCAAAAUUUAAUUCGUUUUUUCUCAAUGUUUUAUAUCGACUUUUUUCUUGAAAUUUGACUUUUUUUCUC